AUGAAUGCUAGUGGCCCUGGCUACCCCUUAGCCUCUCUCUACGUGGGAGACCUCCACCCAGACGUGACUGAAGCAAUGCUCUACGAGAAGUUCUCACCUGCUGGGCCCAUCAUGUCCAUCCGGGUGUGUCGGGAUGUUGCCACCCGCCGGUCACUGGGCUAUGCCUACAUCAACUUCCAGCAGCCCGUGGAUGCUGAGCGAGCCCUGGACACCAUGAACUUUGAAGUGAUCAAAGGCCGUCCUAUCCGCAUCAUGUGGUCCCAGCGGGACCCCGGGCUCAGGAAGUCAGGGAUUGGAAAUGUGUUCAUCAAGAACCUGGAUGACUCCAUUGAUAACAAAGCCCUGUAUGACACCUUCUCAGCUUUUGGGAACAUCCUGUCCUGCAAGGUGGUUUGUGAUGAAAACGGCUCCCGUGGCUAUGGCUUCGUUCACUUUGAGACUCACGAGGCAGCGACUCGGGCCAUCGAGACCAUGAAUGGGAUGUUGCUCAAUGACCGGAAGGUGUUUGUCGGCCAGUUCAAGUCCCGCAAAGAGCGUGAGGCCGAGUUUGGGGCUCGGGCCAUGGAGUUCACCAAUGUCUACAUCAAAAACUUUGGGGAUGACAUGGAUGAUGACAGACUGCGGGAAAUAUUCUCCAAGUUUGGAAAAACACUGAGUGUCAAAGUCAUGAUGGACAGCACCGGCCGCUCAAAGGGCUUCGGGUUUGUCAACUUUGAGAAGCACGAAGAAGCCCAGAAGGCGGUAGCUGACAUGAACGGGAAGGAGAUCAACGGGCGGCUGGUGUACGUGGGCCGGGCCCAGAAGCGGCUGGAGCGCCAGAGCGAGCUGAAGCGCAAGUUCGAGCAGAUGAAGCAGGAGCGAGUGAGCAGGUACCAGGGCGUCAACUUGUAUGUGAAGAACCUGGAUGAUGGGAUAGAUGAUGAGAGGCUGAGGAAGGAGUUCUCUCCCUAUGGCACCAUCACCAGUGCCAAGGUGAUGACAGAGGGUGGCCACAGCAAAGGGUUUGGGUUUGUAUGUUUUUCCUCCCCAGAAGAGGCUACCAAAGCCGUGACAGAGAUGAACGGGCGGAUCGUCAGCACCAAGCCUCUGUACGUCGCGCUCGCUCAAAGGAAAGAGGAGCGGAAAGCAAUCCUCACCAACCAGUACAUGCAGAGACUGGCCACCAUGAGGACCCUGCCUGGCCCUCUCCUGGGCUCCUUCCAGCCUCCACCAGGCUACUUCUUACCCCCCAUCCCCCAGCCACAAACCAGAGCUACCUUCUACAGCCCCAGCCCAGUUGUCCCAGUCCGUCCUGCCACUCGCUGGAGUGCGCAGCCCUCCCGGCCUCCCUCUGCCUAUCCAGGAGCGACCCCGGUCCUGAGGGCUGCCGUGCCGCCCCGGCGCCUGCUGUCCAACAUCAGCACCAUGAGACAGGCCUCCACACAGGUGCCCCAUGUGCCUCCCCAGGCCCAGAGAGUGGCCAACAUCGGGACGCAGACGGUGAGUGCCCGUGUGCCGCCGUCGCUGCCGCGCGCUGCCCCGCACUACAAGUACUCCUCAGCCGUCAGGAACGCGCAGCCCAUGGGCCACGGCCCGCACGUGGUGGCCCCGCAGGUGGUAGAACCUGCUGUGCGUGUCCAGGGACAGGAGCCACUGACAGCAUCCAUGCUUGCAGCAGCCCCUCCUCAGGAGCAGAAGCAAAUGAUAGGUGAGCAUCUGUACCCUCUGAUCCACACAAUGCAUCCCUCUCUGGCUGGCAAGAUCACUGGGAUGCUGCUGGAAAUAGACAACUCUGAGCUGCUGCUGCUCCUGGAGUCCCCUGACUCCUUGACCUCCAAGAUCGAGGAGGCGGUUGCUGUUCUCCAGGCUCACCAGGCCUCUGAGCCUUCGCUCAAGAGUGGUGCCACAGCCUUCCUGCAGUGACUCAGCACCCCUGUGCUGACCUGGCCCUCCUGCAGUCACCUGACUUCGGAACUGAGAGCGAGCCUUUGAGGAACUGCAGCAGCCACUCCACAGUGCUUUUGGAAUCGUGCCUGUACACUGACCCUAGCUUCUCUUCAAUGCCCCAUCCUAGUUUUUGUGUGUAUUGUAAACCUGGCAGAAGUGCUCCUUCCUGCACCUGUAAGAGCUCCCACAUUAAUUGUCUUCUCACCACUGAAAGCAUCUUGUGAACCAUAGUGUGGAACCCAGCCUGGAGCAGUUGCCCAGGAAA